AUGAAUAAUCAAAAAAGACGCGGCGGACGCGGGGGGUCGCACCCCUCCCACCCACGCGUGCCCCCCUCAAAAGCAAUCACUCCAGGCACGGCCGUCAACAUCAUCCUCAAAGCCGACCAGCCCACAGGACGGACAGUAUCAGGGACAGUGAGCGAACUACUCACGCGUGGCGAUCACCCACGAGGCGUCAAAGUGCGGCUGACCGACGGGCGCAUCGGAAGAGUCCAGAGCCUCCGGGGCGGUGAGUCGGAAGAUGACCGAAAGAGCGCACAAGAAAGCGUUGGGAUUCAAGUAAGAGCAGAGGGAGGGGAUGUGAGCGGGAGACGCAAUCGUUUUACCUCGCGUGAUAUGCGUCUUGAUGGGCCUGAGGAGCCUUCGGCUGAGCCCCUUGGGCUGGAUAUGUACAUACGCCCUGCGAAGGGGAAGAAGGGGAAGAAGACGCAGGCUGGACGCGAUGAGCGGCUGGGAGAGAGGGCUGAUGAUACAGGUGGUGCUGCUCAGGUACCGGGCUCUCUCAAGUGUCCUGUGUGCGCUGACUUCGAGGGCGAUGAAGCUGCUGUGGCGCACCACGUUGCUGGUCAUUUCGGAGAGUGA